AUGGACGCCUCGUCGUCGUCCACCCCCGCGGCGGCGGCGCCGCCGCCGCCCACGCAUUCCGUGCUCGACACCAUCCAGAACAAGCUGAGCCCGGGCGUGCUCCUCAUCGUGGCCAUCCUGGCCAUGGUGUUCUUCAUCUUCGGCCUGCUCAACCUGCUGGUGCAGAACAUCCUCCGGCUGCGGCGCGCGCGGCGGCACCGCCUGCGCGUUGCCGCGGGCGACGUCGACGGCAGCAGCCCCACGGCGCUCCAGGGUCAGCUCCAGCAGCUGUUCCACCUCCACGACGCCGGCGUCGACCAGGCCUUCAUCGACGCGCUCCCCGUCUUCGUCUACCGCGCCAUCCUCGGCGCCGGCGCCGGCCACCGAAAGGGGGGCGGCGACCCCUUCGACUGCGCCGUGUGCCUGUGCGAGUUCGCCAUGGACGACGCGCUCCGGCUGCUGCCCACCUGCGGCCACGCCUUCCACGUGCCCUGCAUCGACGCCUGGCUGCUCUCGCACUCCACCUGCCCGCUCUGCCGCGGCAGCGUCCUCGCCGCCGACCUCUCGCCAGCUUCCAGCCCGAUGGUGCUCGUCCUCGAGUCCGACGGUCGCUCCGACACGGCCGCGGAGGCGCCGGGUGGAAGGGACGACAAUGAGAAUGAGGGGUCCCCGAAGGCAGAGGAGGUCGUCGAGGUGAAGCUCGGCAAGCUCCGGUGCAUGGACGGCAGCAAUGGCGGUUCAGAGCAUCUCGCCGCCGAUCAAACCGCUGGCAGAGACGACCUCGGACGUAGGAGGUGCCUGUCCAUGGGAUCCUACGAGUACGUCAUGGACGACCACGCCGCGCUCCGCGUCGCCAUCAAGACGCCAGCCAAGAAGCGCCCGAGGUCGCGGCGCCGGCACGCGCUCUCGGAGUGCGACUUCGGGAGCGACGUCGCCAAGAGAGGGGCGUGGGAAGCGGCCGUGAAAGAGGCCGCCGCGCCGGAGCCCGACGGAGCGCGCCGCGGCGACGACGCGAGGCUGAGCAACAAGGACAGCUUCUCCGUGUCCAAGAUCUGGAUGGUGCGCGGCGCCAAGAAGGAAGACGGCCGGACACUGGCCGGUACGAGGCGGUCCGUGUCGUUCCGGUGGCCGGCGAUGGCCGAGGCGAGCAGGAACGACGGCGCCGACCGGGAGCGCCGGGACGUGGAGUCGCAGUCAGGAAGCUUCGGCAGCAGCGGCGCCCCGUCCCUUGCGGAGGAGAGGCUGCCGCUCGCGCGGACGAGGACGGCGCCGCUCUGGGCCGCCGGCGGGUGGCAGGCGAACAGCAGCAGCGCCGGAAGCCAUUCCUGA